CUGCAUCAGAGGUUGAAGAGAGCAACGCAAAUGAAGCAUGCCUUUAGGAUACGAGACGUGCAGAAUUAAUCCAUAGGAGCCUCUUUUAAUAAAACGGAUCCUUGUUGAGGCACUUGAACAACUUGAGCUGAAGCCAGACUUGUAUAAACGCAGCUGAUGUCUGCGGGCUGAGAGGGGAAACAGGCGCCCAACCCAUUUCUUUUGUGCUGAAGCUCCUGUGAUUUCAUUGAGCUUUCCCCGGGCCGCUACUAUAAUGGGCUCCCUCGCUUUGAAUCGCUCUUGUAUCCGCGAUUUUAUUUUAUUUUUGUUUGCUGGUUAAACUAGAGCAAUCUUUUUAGUUGUCAGUGGUUUUGAAGCUUGGGAACUGGCUGAGUAAAUUUCUCGCCGAUCAUCUGGACGGGUCCCAAUGAAAAUGCACGGGAGAAACAGGUACAACCUGGUGGACGAUGUGGCGGAUUCGCGAGUCCCGCUUCACGACGAGGAAGCGUAUCAACACGGAAUACACUUCCAAGCCAAGUAUGUUGGCAGCCUGGAUGUCCCAAGACCCAACAGUCGUAUGGAGAUUGUUGCUGCUAUGAGAAGAAUCAGGUAUGAGUUCAAGGCAAAGAGCGUGAAGAAGAAGAAAGUGAGCAUAGUGGUCUCGGUAGAUGGAGUCAAAGUGGUGCUGCGCAAGAAACCCAAGCGGAAAGAGUGGAUGUGGGAUGAGAGCAAGAUGCUGGUUAUGCACGACCCCAUAUACAGGAUCUUCUAUGUAUCCCAUGAUUCUCAGGAUCUGAAGAUUUUCAGCUACAUUGUUCGUGAUGGAUCCAGCAACUUGUUCAGAUGCAAUGUAUUCAAGUCCAAAAAAAAGAGUCAAGGCGUGCGGAUAGUGCGGACGGUCGGUCAGGCGUUUGAGGUGUGCCAUAAGCUGAGACUGCAGCACGCUGAGCAGGAUGCAGAUGAACAGCCAGACGGCCAGAGCGAUCAGUCUGGAGAAGAGCCCAGCCCUGAAGCUCGUCAUCUGACAGGCAUGGAGCACGGAAUGGAUGAUGUCACUGGAAUGGAGUCACAUUCCACGAAGCUCAGUGAGCAAGCUAUGAAUGACAUUCUUCACAGUCUGUCAGAGCUCAACAUGGUGAAACCUGGACAAACCCUCCAGACUUUACAAGACCUGGAGGGUGUCUCUCUCUACACACUCUCUCCCAGCAGCCCUUGCUCUCCUACUCUCACACCUUUGGCCACCCAACACCACCUGCAGUUACUCCAACAACAGCUGCUACAGCAGCAACAACAAACACAGAUCGCUGUAGCACAGGUGCAGCUCCUGAAGGAUCAGCUGGCCGCAGAGACGGCUGCCCGCAUGGAGGCACAGGCCAGAACUCACCAGCUGCUGCUGCAGAACCGAGACUUAAUGCAACAUACUGCCCUGCUGGUGAAACACCUCAGCCAACUGGAGAUCAGAAUCAGUGGAGCCACACAGAAAGAAGAAUCACCAUGGAGUAGCGUGCCCCCUCGUUCUCUCUCUCUCAACCUGAAGAGCCUCUACACCCCUCGCUCAGACCAGCCCAUCACCUCCACUCCAGCAGGACAGCCAGAAAAUCCUCCUGUUUCCUCCCACGCUGAGUCCUACCUCAAUCUGCUCAACCUGCGUGGUGCUCCCACCGUUACAGCCAACAGGAAGCCAGCGAGUGCAAGAAGUGAAGCAGGACUAGACGUAGCGAGAAGGGAAGUUGCUAAGCUAGAAACACGGAAUUCAACAGCACUUGAUGAGAGGUAUAAACAAACCAUCCCUAAACUGGACCCUCCUCCUCAGCCCCUGAACCGCAAGCGUUCAAGCAGGACACUUUCUCAGGGUGUCGAAGCAGAGUCAAGAUCUUCAGCUGUAGCCGCACCUGUCAAUGGAAACGUACUCACAAAUGUGAGUGGUAGCUCCUCGUUUCCUGACAUGACUCUAUGCUCCAUUUCACAUGGGGAUUUAUAUUCUCACACCAACGGCAACAGUGUGUCAUGUUCAGCCAGUGAUGAUUCUGGUGUGCGCUCGGAUGACAAAUCCCUUAUAUCCCCCCAAUCCAGAGACGACCCCUCUGAUGACCAGAGCUCUGUGUUCAUCUCCACUUCCAGUACUUGCAGCAGCUUACCAGAGGAUCAUCCAGCUGUGGAUGGUGUGACCCCACUGCAUUCUACCACACCGCUGGGAUAUGAGCAAACCAUCCCGUUCUCUUCGCCUGUCAAUGACACCUGCCUUCAUAUAAGCCUAAGCGAAGAUGAGUUUCUGGAGGAUGGCACCUAUAAUGUCGCCACCCCAUGCAGGACUUAGAAUCCCUUGUAAAAUACGUGGGGAAUCACAAUAAUAACAACUAAACAAUGUUGAGAAUCUCCAAAGAACAAAAACAUAAUGAAGAAAAGAGGAUUAUUUGACAAAUGAACUGUGUGAUAUUAGCCACACACUCACACUGUUAUUUUGCAUAUAAUGUCACACAGGUUUUUAAACUAAAAAAAUUUAAUUUGCUGAAAGAAUAUUUAGUAUGAUACAGAGUAGACAACUAUCAUCAUAUGGAUAGUGUAUUUUUUUAGAUUGAAAACUAAGUUAUUUUUAGCAAUGAAUGAAGUGCAUUGGCUCCUACUAAGCUAAAUAGAAACUGAUUUUGUUAGUGCUGCUGAUGCGUGUUUUUUAUAUAAGUUCAGUCCAAUUGUUUUUUUAUUAGCGCAAAUUGAUUUAUAUAUUGUUUCAAAGUUAUUUAUGUAGCAAAGGAACAGAAGUAUGUUGGCAUAAGAGACAUCACUGGUGAGAAAUAGUUGAGGAACAUAUAGAAAUAUGAAGAAAUUGAGGAAAAAAAUAUUUUCUUGCAGAAAUUCACAAACUGUGCACAUAUUGUUUUAUAAGAUAAAGCUAUGUGACUAAGUAUGGCAGUUUGAAUGGAUAGAUAAAUGCAGACAAAAAAAGGGACUUGAUUAUGUCUAGACAUCUUGAAGGGCUGAACCUCACUGAUUUUAACGCUUCACCAAUCAAGAUAAAAUAAGGGAAGAUAAUUAUCACCUUUUCCAGGUGAAAAGGCUGCAAAGAAAAAAAUGAGAGGGAAAGUAGAGGUGUUGCAUUAGCAAUAAAUGCAAUAAUUUUCACAUCCUGUGAAUGUGUACUCACUACACAGAUCUCACUGCAGUGUCACACUGUUGUCCUUAUGAUCCCUUCUUCAAAUAAACCACCAGAUUAUCUUCAAAUAAACCACCAGAUUAUCUAUUUAAAACAAAACUGAGUGUUCUUAGUAAAACUAAAAGUCCAAGUGUUUCCGAUCAUUCCUACCUGUCUGAGUCAGUUCAACUCUCAAUGCUUUUUUAAAAUAUUGAAACAGUAUCUCAUCUAAUUCAAACACACAGUAGAAGUAUUAUAAAUAUAUAUCGUCUACAGAUCAUGGUCAGCUUUAUUUUAAACAGACUGGAACACUCAAGACUUCUAUGACCUAAAACUGUGAAAUAAGUGUGCCAGUUAAUGAAAAAACUUUUUUUUUUAUGGUUUUGUAUUGAGACAUGCAGUUCACAGAGUCGUGGAUUUUUGGAUCACAGAAAAGUAUAAUGUAAAGAGGAAGAUUAGAGGAGGGUUGGACAGAAGGAAGAACAGAGGGAUUUAUGUCAUUAUGAAAGCAAUGGUGUGAGCAGGUGUUCUUUGCUGAUAUGGGUUAGCAUGACACUUCGAGAAGAGAAGGGACGGAAAGGAGAAAGAGAAAAAAUGGAAGUAGAGGAAGGAGAUAGAAAAGAGAAAAUAAAUGGUAUUUUACAUGUAUCGUUAAAA